AUCUGACAAAUCCUCUCUCCUUUUCUUUCGUAGAUUGUCAACGAAAUUUGCCAUUAAUAUUUGUCACGGGCAUUUUCGUGGAAUUUAUAUUGUAAAAGGCAUGAUCUACAAUAAGUGUUGCGAAAAAUUGUUAGAAUCAGUUGAUUGACACAGGACGGACGUGUUUUUCACACAAUUGUCUUUCCAAAAACUCAAGAUUCCACCUAAAAACUAUAUACAACCCAGAGGGUGGCUGCCGAAGGGUCGUGUUGUGUGUGAAGCUAACCCAGAUACUAGUAGCCUUCUACUUCCAUACAAUUGGAAAAUCUUCCUGAACGGCGAACCACCGUGGGGUUGCUAGCAUCAUCUAGGAUAUAAUAAACAACCUUUAAACAAAUAAACCUGUGCGAACCUGAGCACAGGCUGCCUCCUUGCUUAUUUCACUUUAACUUUUUAAUUGUAUUUAACGAAUCCACCUCUAACACCGAACAAAAAUGAGGAUCUCGAACGAAGAAGACAGAGUUCACAUCUUGGACGACAAAUCGAACGUGUUGUCCGUAAUCAGGAACAUCGUCGCCAACAACAAUCAAGAGGAGGCGUUCUACGUUUGCGAUGUUGGCGACAUUGUUCGCAAACACAAGAUCUGGAGCGCCAAACUGCCUAGGGUUCAACCACACUACGCUGUAAAAUGCAACGAUGGCCUCAUCGUGUUGGAAACUCUCAACUCACUCGGCGUCAGUUUUGACUGCGCCUCUAAAGGGGAAAUCAACAAAGUGCUCGACUUGGGUGUGGAUCCCAACCGCAUCAUCUAUGCCAAUCCGGCGAAACAGGCCAGCCACAUCAGGCAUGCAGAAGCUACAGGAGUCUCUAAGAUGACUUUCGAUAAUGAAACGGAGCUGUUCAAGGUCAAGAAGCUGUUUCCCGAUGCGAGAAUGGUUAUCCGUAUCCGUUGUGAUGCCGAGGAAGCCCAAUGUCAGCUGGGCAACAAGUUCGGGUGCGAUCCCGAUACCGAGGCUCCCGAGCUUCUCCGAAUCGCCAAAUCGUUGGGCAUUGACGUCAUCGGCGUCAGUUUCCACGUCGGUUCUGGGUGCCGCGAACCGCCGGUGUUCCGUAGGGCGAUAUCGGCGUCCAGAAAAAUUUUUGAUUUCGCCGAAACUUUGGGAUACCAGUUUUCUCUGCUAGACCUGGGCGGAGGAUUUCCCGGAGAUAAGGAAACGUCGAUUGAUGAGAUAGCGGACGUCAUUAACGUCGCUCUGGACGACUUCUUCUCUGAUCUGGAAGUCCAAGUGAUAGCUGAACCCGGCCGCUUCUACGUCAGUUCAGCCUACACGCUGGCCUGCAACAUCCAUUCGAUCCGCAAUGUCACCCAAAUCGACGAGGAAACCGGAGAGUUGGCAAUUCACCGCAUGUAUUACAUCAACGACGGCGUCUAUGGCAGCUUCAACUGCAUCCUAUAUGAUCACCAGGUGGUCAAUCCUGUACCGCUGAAGGAACAUCCCGGCUCCAAGUACUACCGCAGCAGCGUUUGGGGGCCGACUUGUGAUGGACUCGACCAGGUUGUGGAGCAGGUUAUGCUGCCUGAGAUGAAGGUGGGUGACUGGAUGGUGUUCGAGAAUAUGGGUGCUUAUACAUUGCCGGUGGCGAGUCCAUUCAACGGGUUCCCCAUUCCGAAGGUGCAGAUCGUCAUGGAUGAAAGCAUUUGGACUCUGAUGAAGGAUAUCAUUCAGUUCCAAAACAGUCACUUCGAGAUGCUGGCUCUACCGCCAACUUCAGAAAAACACGAAAAGUGUUACGAACUACCAUCUUUUCCAAUUAGGAUUGAGAUACCUGGAAACCCAUUGGAAACUCAUAUUUUGGAUUACGCAAUGGAAUAAGUUUAUGACUCUGAUUUUGAUUUUGACCUGUAACUCGAUUUAUUGUCUAUAGACCACUAGUAAUUUUUUAUGGAGAAUGAAGGGAUCGAGAGGAUUUUUGUACUUACUCCCUAUAUUGAUUUUUUUCUCAUUUGUUUUUCAUAUUUUUCAUAUUGAGGAAAUUGAUCUUGAAUUUCUGAUCUUGACGUUUUCUCUAUCGUUUCAUUCUCUUUGUUGAGGAAAAAUAAUUUUCUGAAUUUUUUAACCGACAAUUUCUCAUUUUGCAAUGUUGAAGUUAAGAAUUUUUUAAACUUGAAACAGUUCACGGAUUCCGUAGGGUUGUAUUU